CCGUCGAAAUAUGUCAAAUUCAUUGUUUAAAGUGAAAAACUAUUUUUAAACUUGUUAUUACAGUGAAUAGGUGUAUAUUUAAUUUCUCAGUGAGUAAACGAUAUUAGAGAAUAUACUUGAGGUGAAAAUUAAGUGUUUAUAUGAAGUAUAUUAAAAAAUUGGGAUUUUACAAGAAAUGGAUGUUGAUAUCAUUUACUUUAGAGUCUGUUGAGUGAAAUUUGAGUCUUAAGUGUUAUAUAUUCAAAAGUUUUUUUCAAAAUGCAAUGUAAAAUCGACGAUCUUCCAGAUGAAAUUUUAGAAUAUAUUUUGAGUUUGAUACCACCUUAUAAGGAUUUACAGGAAUGUAUGUUUGUAUCUAAACGAUGGUAUCGGGCAACUAAAAAUGUUAUCGAACAUAGUGAGACACAUUUUCAAAAAUCUGUUUCUUACGGUUCAUUAUUUUGGAAUUCUGUAUCGCCAUCUCAUUGUCCAAUAAUAUCCAAGAGACAUUCACAUUCGGCUUGUACGUAUGAGAAUUCGAUGUAUAUUUUUGGCGGCUGUACAGCAACGUGCACGACUUUCAACGAUUUAUGGAAAUUGAAUUUGGACACUCGAAAAUGGGUGAGACCGAUUACUAUGGGAAGUUAUCCGUCACCGAAGGCUUGUGCCACUAUGUUACAUUACAAGAAGAAAUUUAUUCUUUUUGGAGGCUGGUCUCAUCCUUCUCCAUAUCCCGUUCAUCAGCAAUGGAAAUUAUUUAAUGAAUUACAUGUCUAUUCGAUCGAAUCCAAUCGCUGGAGUGCUGUUUGCUCUUUGGAAAGUCCGCCACCAACUUCGGCACAUUCGGCGACAAUUCAUGGGAAUUUAAUGGUUGUUUUCGGUGGCGUUUGCAAUGGUUAUAGUGGCGAUCUUUAUCCCAGUUCGAAUGACAUUUGGUGUUUGAAUUUAGAUACUUACUGUUGGCACAAGCAAGCGACAUUUAAUCCAAAACCGCAAGCACGUUACGGACAAUCACAAAUUGAACUCGACGAAAAGCAUCUUCUUAUUCUUGGUGGAUGUAUUGGACCUAAUUCCCCAAUGGAAGACGCGUGGCUGUUGACAAUGGAAGAUCCAAUUUGGACAUGGAAAAAAAUAAAUAUGCGAAACACCGAAUGGGCUCCGUCUCGUGUUUGGUGUCAUCAAGCUUGCAAAGUAGGAAAUUAUAUAAUUGUUUUGAGUAAAAGUAAACGUCCCUCACAACCCAACGAAAUGAGUAUACCUCAAAAAAAUGUUGCCUGCCAACCGCCUCAACCUUCCGAGGUUACUUCGAAUGAAAGGCGAAGAAGUGCACCGCAAGAAGUAGAUCGUGACGAAAAUGUAAACGGACGUCAUGGAAUAUUUUCGAGAUUAACAACAGAACGUAAUGGACAUUUAAAUCCAACAAAUCCCACAUUACCAAAGAGAAUGUCAUUUUAUAAUGACAGUAAUUUGAGUAUGGCUGCAUUUCGUGGCGAAAUAGUGAGGGCAAAUUCCAAAGCAAAUCGUCAACGACAAUUGGAAUCGUUGCGUCGUAUGGAGGAGAGAAUACAAAGUCGUAAAGUUCAAACGAAAGCGGUAAAAAAAACUGAGAAUACUUUAUCGAUAUUUAUUCUUGACAUCACAAAUGUUUUGUGUGACGAUUGCACGGCAUCGUGGAUGCCAUUAAAGCAAAAUGGACAAUCGGGUCCUGAUGAAAGAAUACUUUAUUCCCUUGCACUUGGACGUGGUGAAUUAAUUGUUUUUGGUGGCAUACGUAAGGAAAGGACGACAAUACAAGGUCUACCAGAUAUUGACGAUUCGGAAGUUUAUAAUGAUCUUUAUUUUAUAAAUCCACCUCGUUAUGUGAUAUAAUAUCUAAUUAUUAUUCUAAAAAAACAACAAAUCAUCAUGUGAGACUGCUUUUCUAGUUAUUUAAGUACAUUUGCUCUUCUCUAGUAUUCUCAAGAGGUGAAAUGCUCAUUUACGUAAUAUUUGAAAAUGAAAUUGUAAUUAUUCAAUACAUUCGACUUCUCAAUGCUGCCUUUUUGUACUAUAAGAAUAUUUCUUUAUAAUUGAGAAAAAAGCAAUGAAAUCAAGAAGUGAAUUUCUUUUCAAUGAACACAAAUUAAAUUAAAUAUAAAUGUGAAUCUGAGUGUAUGGAAAAAAGACACUUUUACAUCUUUCAAUUGACUGUUUUUAAAUAAAAUUGUGAAUUAUUUGUUUUACACAAAAAUUAAAUAAUUGUGUGAAACUAUAUAUAUAUAUAUUAUAUAUAAAAGUUGAUAUGUGGAAGUGUGUUGUAAAUAAGUUCAAAUGUGAUUUUAUAUUGUAUAAAAUAUACAUUGAGAAUUAAAUUCUUUA